AUAUAGUCUCUGAGGAGUGAGGAGAGGCUAGGGCUUGCCUGUGCUGCAGACAGUGUCGGGGGUAGGGUUUGCCAACAGAAUCUUCUUGCCCUAGCUUUCUGACUCUGUAGCUUUCUCACAGGUUUGGGCUAGCAGCCAGCCCCUGAGGACAAGGCUAUGAACAUAUACUCUGUAACCCUCAGCGGCCCAGCGCCUUGGGGCUUCAGGCUGCAGGGUGGCAAGGACUUCAGCAUGCCCCUCACCGUGUCAAGGCUGACCCCGGGCGGGAAGGCAGCUCAGGCUGGUGUCGGGGUGGGAGACUGGGUGGUGUCCAUCGAUGACACAAAUGCAGAGGACAUGACCCAUGUGGAGGCACAAAACAAGAUCAGAGCAGCAACAGACUCCCUCACCCUCGCUCUCAGCAAAGCUUUCAAAGCGGGUGGAGACCAGAAGGACUUGCUUGCACCAGCUUCUGUUCAGCCAAAGUACUCCUUUGCCCCCAGCACAACCAUUAACAAGAUGGCGAAGCCAUUUGCAGCAGGUGGUGAUAGUGCCAACUCAGGACCUGUUAUUAAACCUGUUGCCUACUCGCCUAAACUUAACACUCCGAGCUCACAGGGCCGUGCCAGUUCGCAGCAGCCACAGAAUGGAUGGAAACUCUUGACAAUGCAGGACCCAGAUGAUGAAAACAUGAAGAGGUCCAGCCUUGAGCCAACUCCCUCACCUGCCAAGGCCCAGGCAGCAGAUAAACCAGAUGGCUCCAAAACUGCAGCUGCUGCAGCAGCAGGCAGUUCAGGUCCUUCCUGCAGACCACCUUGGGUCACUGACCCUAAUUUCGCUGACCGCUUUCGCCCGGACAAGACCAGCACCGUUGUAACCCAGCACCAGCAGCCGGCCCAGCCGACACCCAUGCAGAACCGGAGCUCCAUCCUGCAGGCGGCACAGCAGGCGCCUGAAGACAGUGGGAGGACCCCACUAUGUGGUGCCUGCAACAAAAUCAUCAGGGGUCGGUACCUGGUAGCGCUGGGACGCUCUUGGCACCCGGAGGAGUUUAAGUGUUCACAGUGUAAGGUGGUCCUGGACGAGGGGGGCUUCUUCGAGGAGAGAGGGUCUGUCUACUGUACCAAGUGCCACGAUAACCGCUACGCUCCUAACUGUGCCAAGUGCAAAAAGAAGAUCACAGGGGAAAUCAUGCAUGCCCUGAAGAUGACCUACCAUGUUCAGUGUUUCAAGUGUGCAGCCUGCAAGACUCCCAUCAGGAACCAAGCUUUUUACAUGGAGGAGGGCGAGCCCUACUGCGAGAGAGACUAUGAGAAGAUGUUUGGCACCAAAUGCCAUGGCUGUGACUUUAAGAUUGAUGCCGGGGAUCGGUUUCUGGAGGCCUUGGGCUACAGCUGGCACGAUACGUGCUUCGUCUGUGCUCUCUGCCAAAUCAACCUGGAGGGGAAGACGUUCUACUCGAAGAAGGAUAAGCCCCUGUGCAAAGGCCAUGCUUUUGCUCCAGUGUGAGAGAUUGAGCUUCAUCUUCAGAGGAAGGAACACUUCUCUCUCUCCCUCCUCUUUACCCCUCUCCACCCUCCGGCACACUCGUACACACACUACAUCUCCUCUUUGCCAACCACACACCUAGUUAAACUCAGUCUAUUUCUUCUAUCUUGCAGACUUUGUUUCUACAUUUGAGGCUUAAUGCUAGUUUCACAUACUGUUACUCUACUGUGCUGUCAGGAAAUUUCAGAUGUUACUGUCUGUAAUACCAAAUUCUGAUUCGUGUAACUGGAAGUAGUCAAGGAAUUAUUUCACAUCAUGUCACUAACUUGUCGACUUUUAAGUCAUUUAGAGAUUGGACAUUAAAAAUGCAGCUGCAGUUUAUCUUGAUUUGAUUGUAGUUAGUGAAAAAUUCUCACGACUCUACUAAUCUCCUCCCUGCUCAGUCUCGAGUAAGAUAAAGUCAGCGUCUUCGGAGUUGGAGGAGUCACUGAGCCUCUAAUGAUGUCACAUAUUGCAGUAAUGAUCCAUCACCGCUCCUGCACUAAGUGUGGAGAAGUGGCGGCCCCGUUCAGGACCCUGGCCCACUCGCUGACUCUGACCGCAGUGCCUGUUAACAUAAUGGGGGUCCUGUCGAGCAGAAAAGGGGGUGUCCCAUUUCUGCUUCACUUGACCUCUCCACAGAAGCAAUAACUGCCUAACUUAUCACUUUAGCUCUGGCAAAUCAGAGCACAAGCUGCGGGUAAUAGCUGUAAUUUUGAGUUAUGUAAUAAUCCUUAAUUGAUCCAGUUUUAAUAGUCACCCGCGUGGGUGACGCAGAAAAGGCUCACUGUUUUUAAAUGUUUCACACUUCUAAGGUAAGGAGAUUUGUCAAAGAUUUGAAAUUAUCAUCAUUUAUUGGACAUUUUAAUGUAAGGAGGAAAAAGUCCUACGGUCUUUGUGUCCCUCAUCUUACUAUGAUAUUGUGAUUAUUCCUUAGAGUACUUUCAAGCCAUUGUUGAAUAUGUAUUUAUAUUGCUUCAGAAUGGGCCUGUAAGUGUUUUUAUAGUUGCUGGACAUUUCAAAUAAAAUUAUUUAGUAAUGCCAUGUGCUGGGGCAGAA